CGACGACAACGACAACGCGGCAAGAUUGAGGGCGUGGAUAAGCGGAUGAAACGGUUAUUACGAAAGGAGGAGCUAAGUGAUGUACAGUUCACCGUUGGCCGAAACGUCGGCCAAGAGAACCUUCCGAGCACUCAAGUGCGUGUUGAUCAGCAGUAGCGAUGUCUUCUACGAAAUAUUCUGCGAAAAUAAGGAUACCGAUACUAUCGACGUUCCCGAUAUUUUUCCUGAGGCUUUCGAAAACAUGCUCAGAUAUAUAUACACCGAUGAGAUCGACGUGACAGUGGAGGAUGCCUUGGCAACGAUGAAAUGCGCCGAACAGUACGAUUUACCGCCGCUCGCUGGCCAUUGCCUCGACUCUAUCCUCCGGGAUCUGCAUGCCAGCGACCAAAACUGCUUACGACAUUUGGAGAAGGCGCUCACCCUGGCCUUCGCUGGCGACAGUGUACUUGAGAAUUGCUGGCACUAUGUGGACGUUCACUGCGAGAAAAUUCUCAAGUCAGAACAAUUCAACGAACUGCCGCUCACCACGCUGCGCAUGAUACUGGCAGGAUAGCCUCUUGGCCGAGGAGAACAGUAUUUACUUGGCAAUGGAUCGGUGGGCAACAGCUGCCUGCGCCCGGAGCAACCGAGAGCCAUCGGCCACCAACCGGCGCCAAAUUCUGGGAGACUGUUGUACCUAAUUCGAUUUCCGCUCAUGACCGACAUCCAAUUGGCUGACGGCCCGACUGACAGUGGUCUGCUGGAGUCAUCCGAAUUAAAGGAUAUCUACCUGCAAAGACAUGCCACUACAAAACGCCCGCUCCAGUUUCUGGCACAACCCCGACAGCCGCCGAUUAUCCGCGUUGAUGGCGUGGCGUUCAAGCACAACGAGGAGGUGUUCGUGAAUUAUUGGCAGUACUGGUGUCCCGGUGCAAGGGUGAUCGGAGUACGGGGUUCCAUGGCCGUCUGCCUGGAAGCUGGCGGAGAAGAACUGGUGAGACAGAACCCGAAGCAUAUCGUUCGCGCAACCGACUACCUAGUCGCUUAUCGACCCAUCAUGCACGGGAAUGUAGGCAGUUACAAACAAGCAUGGUACGUCCGAGCGGAGAAUGGCCAGCAUGCCAUCACCGUGGCGGGCACUCAACGCCGCGUUGAAUUCAGUGAGAUAUUUUUGGACCCUGCGUAUGCCAGCUACUGGAAAUCAGCUAGUGAUGCCGAUGAUUUCCCGGUGCCCUCUCUUCGUUUCCACGAGGAAGCGCCCGCUGGAUGCCGCUGGUUUGGCUUGAGCUG